AUGGCGCCUUGCGGUCCUGGGACGUUCAAGUCGAAACAGGGAGAAGGUCUGUGCGCUCCGUGUCCCCCCAACAGCCGGACAAGCUCUGAGGCUGCCGUGCUUUGUACGUGCCGGAAUAAUUAUUUCAGAGCGGAUACUGAUCCCCCCGACAGUGCCUGCACCAGCGUGCCCACAGCCCCACGCAGCGUCAUUUCCAACGUGAACGAGACGUCGUUAGUGCUGGAGUGGAGCGAACCGCGAGACGCGGGCGGGAGGGAUGACCUGCUGUACAACAUCAUCUGCAAGAAGUGCAGCGUGGAGCCCCGGCUGUGCAUGCGUUGCGAUGACAACGUGGAGUUCGACCCUCGCCAACUCGGCUUGACCGAGAGGCACAUCUACAUCAGCAACCUGAUGGCCCACACGCAGUACACCUUUGAAAUCCAAGCGGUGAACGGCGUCUCCAGCAAAAGUCUCCAAAACCCACAGUUUGCCUCGGUCAACAUCACCACCAAUCAGGCAGCUCCUUCCGAAGUUCCCACAAUGCAUCUGCAUGGCAGCUCCGGAAAUACCAUGACCCUUUCUUGGGAGCCCCCGAAGAAGCCGAACGGGGUCAUCUUGGACUACGAGAUCAAGUACUUUGAGAAGCAAGGCCAGACCGAUAGCAUUGCCAACACCGUCACUAGCCAGAAGAACGCGGUGCGCCUGGAAGGACUGAAGCCUAACACUGCCUUCGUAGUGCAGGUCCGGGCUCGCACUGUGGCAGGGUACGGCCAAUACAGCUUUCCCAUGGAGUUUCGGACACUGGUUGAUGAUGGCUCCAGUAGCAAGAGCUUCCAGGAACUGCCUCUGAUUGUUGGCUCAGCCACCGCAGGGCUUGUCUUCGUGAUUGCGGUAGUGGUGAUCGCCAUCGUCUGCUUCAGGAAGCAGCAAAAUAACACCGAAUCAGAGUACACGGAGAAACUGCAGCAAUACAUUACUCCAGGAAUGAAGGUUUAUGUUGACCCUUUCACUUACGAAGACCCUAACGAAGCUGUCCGGGAAUUUGCCAAAGAAAUCGACAUUUCCUGCGUCAAAAUCGAGGAAGUGAUUGGAGCAGGUGAAUUUGGGGAAGUUUGCCGGGGCCGCCUCAAACUGCCGGGCAGGCGGGAAAUCUUUGUGGCCAUCAAAACGCUGAAGGUGGGCUACACGGAGCGUCAGAGGCGGGAUUUCCUGAGCGAAGCCAGCAUCAUGGGACAGUUUGACCACCCCAACAUCAUCCAUCUGGAAGGCGUGGUCACCAAGAGUCGGCCAGUCAUGAUAGUUACGGAGUUCAUGGAAAACUGCGCCCUUGAUUCCUUCCUCCGGUUGAAUGAUGGGCAGUUCACUGUGAUCCAGUUAGUUGGUAUGCUGCGCGGCAUCGCGGCGGGAAUGAAAUACCUCUCAGAGAUGAAUUACGUCCACCGAGACCUGGCUGCCCGCAACAUUCUGGUCAACAGCAACCUCGUGUGCAAAGUGUCAGAUUUUGGACUCUCACGGUUUUUAGAAGACGAUCCCUCUGACCCCACGUACACCAGUUCACUGGGGGGUAAGAUCCCAAUCCGGUGGACGGCCCCCGAAGCCAUUGCCUAUCGCAAGUUCACUUCCGCCAGCGACGUCUGGAGCUACGGCAUCGUCAUGUGGGAAGUGAUGUCUUAUGGUGAGAGGCCAUACUGGGACAUGUCUAACCAAGAUGUAAUCAACGCAGUGGAGCAAGAUUACCGCCUUCCUCCCCCUAUGGACUGCCCCACGGCGCUGCACCAGCUCAUGUUGGACUGCUGGGUACGGGAUCGCAACCUCCGCCCCAAGUUUGCACAGAUAGUGAAUACGUUGGACAAGCUAAUCCGGAACGCAGCCAGCUUGAAGGUCAUCGCCAAUGUCCAGUCUGGCGUGUCUCAGCCGCUUCUGGAUCGUACGGUGCCCGAUUACACUACCUUCACUACUGUGGGCGACUGGCUGGACGCUAUCAAAAUGGGACGGUACAAGGAGAACUUUGGCAACGCCGGCUUUGCCUCGUUUGACCUGGUGGCCCAAAUGACCGCUGAGUAAGACCUGCUCAGGAUAGGGGUGACGCUGGCAGGACAUCAAAAGAAGAUCUUGAGCAGCAUACAGGACAUGAGGUUACAAAUGAACCAGACUCUGCCAGUCCAGGUUUGACCACGGAGGACUCUGCCUUUGGAACGGAUCCCACUCCCCUGAGGGUCACUUCU